AUGGACCAGCUGUGCAGCGAGCUGCUGGCACCCGCCAACGCAACGGCUGACAGCAAGGACCCCACCAAGCUGCGCUACGGAUGCGGCGUGGCCACUGCCGCCCAGGUCAACAAAGUGUCCAGUGACCUGGCAGCCCUUGAGCCCAAGGUCAACGCCGCCGCCGCCCAGGCCAGCUCUGCACAGGCCGCUGUCAUGAAAGACAGCAACCAGUUUGCGGCGCUGCGCGCCGAGAUGGACGCACUCCGUGUGGCAGUUGCCGCGCUCACCGGCAACCCGCAGGGAACGCAGGCAAACACGUCUAAUGGCACCGACCCAGGCAUUGCCCAGCAGAUCGCUGCCCUUGCAGCAGCCGACGCGCGCACCGCCCAGAAGCUGGCCUUGCUGGAGGCGGCAAACCAGACCGCAGCCCGGGAGAUUGCAGCGCUCACCGCCCAAGUGCAGGAGCUGAAGGCCGGCGCCGCCAACGCCACCGACCCGGCAACCAUUGCCCGGGAGAUCGCGGCGCUCAAGAUCACCCUGGCAGCCACCAAAUCGGCCCAGGAGGCGGACGCGGCGGCAAUCUCCCUGACCAACGCCACCGUCGAGUUCGUCAAGUCCACAGUCACCUCAGGCGCGGCGGCCGUCGCGUCGCUCAACGCCACCCUGACUGCCCUGGAAGCCACCGUGGCUAACGUGACUGCCAUUGACUUCAACAACCUCAAUGCGGUCACACUGGGCGGCAUCCCUGCGACGCGGUACAUGCUGGUGGUCCCAAAGCUGGUGCUGUACAGAGAGUCCGAUACAACCAGGAACGGAAACCUUGGCGGCCGGUCUGGCGCUGAUGCCCUGUGCAAGGCCUCGGUGUUCAAGCCCGCCGGGGCCGCGCAAGCGCGUGCGUUCCUAUCGAUAUCUACAACCGACCAGAUUUCUGAUUUCCCCACCCUGUACAAGGUUCCCAGCAACUUGGCUGUCGAGUCUUUGAGCGGCGUCGUCCUGGCCAGCAACUUUGCGACCUUGCUGCAGGGCAGGAUCCCCAAAUCCUUACUGGAUGCAGGCGUGUUCACAGGCCGCGCUAACUGGUGGUCGGGCUCUGAUGCUUUCGGCAUGGCAGACGUGGCUAAUUGCGGGGGGUUCACUAGUGCCUCGAGCACUGACAUCGGCGUAGUUGGCACGUCGAUCGCUACCUCUGCCAGUUGGGCGAUAAGUACCACUUUCGAUUGUGAUACUGACGCCGACUUGCUGUGCAUCGCGUUCUGA